CCUCUGCCUUGCCGGCUUUUCUUCUGCAAACAGCAGAAAUUCGUAUCCGUAUGUGUGGUAAUGCCACUUAUCCGACAACCAAAAGGAGGAGGAGGUAUCACUGCUGCUGCUACUACUGCUAGUAAAUCGGCCGAAUCUUGCAAGUGCUACUGUCAAGGUGGUAAACGGAUUAGUUAUCCAUACGGCUGGACAGCCGCCACUGCUCGUCACGAUUCCUCGGAUGAGCUGUCGUCGCAUCCGGAGAGUCGUCCAUCGACCACAAGGAGCAACAGUCGCAUCGAACAGGUUUCGUACCAGUCGGCGCAUCCAGCGGCUGCCAAGCAGCUCGAAAGCUCAACGUUGGAACGGAAACCAAGUUUGUUCCCUUGA